AAUGGCAGGUACGGCGAACGAUUACAUGGGAACACUUUCGAAAACACGUUCAGGACGUGAUUGUGACAAAUGGCCAAUCAGACCCAAAUUACCAGCAAUGGCCCAAAAUGCGUCUCGAGCAAAUACCACCAAAUCGACUCGCGUCAGAUCUGCAAAAAUUGGAGCAAAUGUAGCAGUUCCCAAAACCAGUUUGACAGUCGGUCGAGAAUAUUUCAAUGAUAGCGUCUUCCCAGAAGGAAGUGCCAAGAAUGCCAGUAAUUAUUGUAGAAAUCCGUCGCGUAAUAUCGCCGGCACUUGGUGUUACACCAAGGAUCCUUUGGUGCCCCAUGAUCUAUGCAACGUUAGAGAUUGUGAGAAACCAGAUCUUUCGUAUGAAAUAGUUUCCUCGGUGAAUUUUCAUUAGGAAAGAACGAAUCGAAAAAAAAUGUCAAACGACUUGGAACCUCCUUGCUUAUUAGCUAAAGCAUAAUAAUAGUAAAGCGCGUUCUAGU